AAACUUCUCCGGUUCUCCCACUUUUUCAUAUUCCCUCAACUUUUCUAACAAAUCCUAAAAAAAUUUAGAACGCUCCAACAUUUCCCUCCUUUGAAAGCUCAAAAGUUUUCAUCUCCCUCUCUUUUUUGGAUACCUAUUCAAACACAAAUUAGAAUACUUGUCUUUCUAAUUUCACCAAAACCCAUACAUCUCUUACUCCUACUAUGGCUACGGGUGAAAAGCGGAAGUUCAUGCGAAGCUUAAUCGAUGGCUGUCAAGAGAGCUAUCGAGUUUGGAAAAAGCUUCCCGAAAAGAAGGUUCCAUGUACAAUUGGGAAUAUAGAGAAAUGGGAGAUGUGCUUCCUCUUUCGCAAGUGCCUAAUGAUGUAGCAAUGGCUUUCAAAAGGGAAAUCGAGUGGCAAACAAAUCACAUGCUUUUACCUUUUAAGAGCUUGUGCGAGCAAAGAAAGGUGCAUGUAGAUGUUGUAGUGAUUGAAUCAGAUGAUGUAGUAACUGCGGUAGCGGAGGAAGUAACUAAGGACGCUUUAACCAAACUUGUCGUUGGAGCUUUGUCUUCUGGUAUUUUCAGAAGUAAACAUAAGGGUAUGCACUCCAACAUUUUGUACGGUUUACGCUGUUUCAAAGGGAAAAUUGUCCAUACGGCAAUCAGACACACAAGUUGAUGGAAGUACUACGGAUAAAUACUACCAUCAUGCAGGAAAAAAUACACUCAUUACAAAAUUCUCCGGGAUCCAUCGAAUAACACUCAUAGGUGGGAAAAGGGUAUUACCUAAUUAAUAUCCGCCUUUACUUCACCUUGUUAAUAGGCUUAACUAAAAGUAUUUUGUCGUUGAUUAACUUGGAAUCUUUUUUGGUGGGAAAAAGGUAUUACCUAAUUAAUAAGCCUUUCUUAUUGUUUUAGUUACUUUUAUCGUGGCCUGUUGAUUAACUUGGAAUCUUUGUCUUUAACAGUUCAAAUAUGGCGUAGAGGUUCGGGACGCUCAUAUGCUGUUGUCCAAAAGUCAUCCA